AUGUUGCUGCCUAAUAUAACUCACGUGAUCUUCGUUUUGACUUUUUUGGUGAGGAAGUCUCUACAGCAUACUGAUGGUUUUCAUGUUGUAACUAGGUCAUCGCCAGGAAACGAAUAUCUGAUUACAGAAAAAGAACUGACGAGAAGUGAAAUUCAUUGUGCUAACUGGUGUGCAAUGACAGCUACCUGUAUGUCAGCAGUCUUCAACAGUACAACAAUGCAUUGUGGGUUAUAUCGUGAAUAUCAAUCUACCAGUAACAGCUCAUCCCAAGAAGAACAACUGAUCUUGCAAAGAGAUUUGUCUACAUCAACAGCGGUCGCUAUAGAAUCCGGAACAACUGACGGGACACAUGAUAUGUCAACCACAAAACAAACAACAACAUCUUCAACAGAGAAUGAUGAAACAUCGACCGUCACAAACAGAAUCACCAGCAAUGCAACGAAAGAAGCCUUUGCCUCAACAGGAAAAACUACAAUACUAACAAUAGAAGCGACGACAAUUUUAUCACAACAAAAGAAUUGGACAGCUCUUGGAGCGGCUGAUUGUUACUUAACAACUAGUUGGGAAUAUAGUGGUACGAUCAGCUACACAGUCAGUGGAAUUCCAUGUCAGUACUGGAACACUAAUACUCCACAUACUAGAAGCUUUAAUCCUUUAGACACAACAGCGUACGACACAAACUAUUGUAGAGAAUCAACUAAUCGUGAAGGUGGUCCUGGCUGUUUCACUUCUGAUCUAGCUGUCUAUUGGGAAUACUGUUUCGUUGUGAAAUGCAAGUAA